AUCACAAUAGGAACCACAUCACUGGUUGCAGAUGAAAUGUUGGUGGUCCCUGACAUGCUGUAGCAAGUUAUUGUUAAAAUUUUCAUCUGAAGUGAACUGUAAUAGUACCCAGAGGAAAGAGAACCAUUUUGAAGAAGGUUCAACUAGUCUUACAUAUUUUAUAUGGCAAAAUAUUCUUAUAUAUUCUGUGUUCCCAGGUGAAUUUAGAUGAAUGCAGAGGGCAUUUGGGGGUGCAAAAGUAACUGAGCGAUGAGAUGCUUAUAAAGCAGAUAUCAGUUAUCCUCUGUUCUUUGAAUGAUAUCUCAUAAAGGCAAAGAAAUGACACUGGAUAAUGCAAGGCGGUAAGAGGAGAGGAGACAGUGGCUCCGUUUGCUGCUGGGGAAAUUUUUCCUGUGGAAUGGACACAGAAGAAGAAGCAGAGGGCUUUCUCUCUGUGAGGUCAUACACUCUGGAGCCAGUGGUACAAGUCUCCAUCUGACUGGCCAGGAAGAAGGUAGCAUCUGCCCAUUCACAUACAGAAGACCAGAGAACCAGAAAGAUGGCAGCUUGAGCAGGACUGGACAUGAAUUACUGACAUUGAAGAUGAAGGAAGGGAACCAGGAGACAAGGAAUAUUAGUGGCCAUUAGAAGAUGGAAAAGGAGCUGUGAGCCAAGUGGAGGAGUCCAGCCCCACCCGAUGGUGAGAACAACAUGACGAACUUGAAUGCAUCACAUGCCAGCCACCGUAACUUCAUUCUAACAGGUUCCAGAGUUCAACGUGGAAUCCUGAACUAUGUCAACAUUACCAACUCAGAUAGCCCCCAAUAGCAGCACUUCAAUGGCCCCCACCUUCUUGCUGGUGGGCAUGCCAGGCCUAUCAGGUGCACCCUCCUGGUGGACAUUGCCCCUUAUUGCUGUCUACCUUCUCUCUGCACUGGGAAAUGGCACCAUCCUCUGGAUCAUUGCCCUGGAGCCCGCCCUGCACCGCCCAAUGCACUUCUUCCUCUUCUUGCUUAGUGUGUCUGAUAUUGGAUUGGUUACUGCCCUGAUGCCCACACUGCUGGGCAUCGCCCUUGCUGGUGCUCACACUGUCCCUGCCUCAGCCUGCCUUCUACAGAUGGUUUUUAUCCAUGUCUUUUCUGUCAUGGAGUCCUCUGUCUUGCUCGCCAUGUCCAUUGAUCGGGCACUGGCCAUCUGCCGACCUCUCCACUACCCGGCGCUCCUCACCAAUGGUGUAAUUAGCAAAAUCAGCCUGGCCAUUUCUUUUCGAUGCCUGGGUCUCCAUCUGCCCCUGCCAUUCCUGCUGGCCUACAUGCCCUACUGCCACCCACAGGUCCUAACCCAUUCUUUUUGCUUGCAUCCAGAUGUGGCUCGUUUGGCCUGCCCAGAAGCUUGGGGUGCAGCCUACAGCCUAUUUGUGGUUCUUUCAGCCAUGGGUUUGGACCCCCUGCUUAUUUUCUUCUCCUAUGGCCUGAUUGGCAAGGUGUUGCAAGGUGUGGAGUCCAGAGAGGAUCGCUGGAAGGCUGGUCAAACCUGUGCUGCCCACCUCUCUGCAGUGCUCCUCUUCUAUAUCCCUAUGAUCCUCCUGGCACUGAUUAACCAUCCUGAGCUGCCAAUCACUCAGCAUACCCAUACUCUUCUAUCCUAUGUCCAUUUCCUGCUUCCUCCAUUGAUAAACCCUAUUCUCUAUAGUGUCAAGAUGAAGGAGAUUAGAAAGAGAAUACUCAACAGGUUGCAGCCCAGGAAGGUGGGUGGUGCUCAGUGAGUAGGAUGUCCCUCCGUGUUUGGUGGUACAAGGCUUCUGAUACUAAAGUUUCUGUGAGAACUCAGCUCACCAAGCAUGAAAUGAUCAUUCACGUACACAUAAGUGCAUAUACGUGCAUGUAGCUUCCUGUCCCUGGAAGUAUGCCUGUGUAUAUUGAUGCAAGCUUACAAGCCCCAAAGAAUGAACAUGAUCCACCCACUGGUACAUUACAUAUCAAUGGCAUAGGAAGGGCCAGAGUCCAGAUCUUGUCACAACUAUCCAAGUGUGUGCCUGUUGUUAUCUUAUUGUUGUUAGUCCUGUCACUAUAACUAUACCUUAAUACUGGAUAAAGCUAGAAGAGUUAAUCAUCUACAUAGCAAAGGAAAAAUAAGACAGAAGCAUUCUUCUCAACUAGAUAGGAGAUCUUCCAUUUGUAUUGUACCUCCUUAAGAAGUAAGAAUUCUGACCAAUCCUUAGGAAUUAGAUACAUGAGGAAAAUGCAAGUAAGUCUCUCAUUUAGAUUCUUUACACCAAGAGAUAGGUUAUUUAACUCUGAUCAGGCCAGGAAAAAAAGAGGGAAUAUAAUUUUUUUAAUUCUUCAUUUAGUUUUCAAAAUGUUAGUAUAUUUUUGAAUAUAUAUGUAUAUUGAAUGUUCUCAACACAAAGAAAUGAGAAAUGUUUGAGAUUAUAAAUAUGCUAAUCACCCUGAUCUGAUCACUAUACAUGGUGUGCACCAAAACAUCACUAUGACUAUGCAUAAUUAUUGUCAGUUUAAAAUAAAAUUUAAUUUAAUUUUUUAAAUUUUUGCAUAUUUCAGAAAAAAUAGAACAAAUAAGAAUAAUCUUAAAUUACAUCUCCCAAACUUAGCUAUAAUUAUCUGUUUAGUGAACACUUAUAAUGUUUUAUGUAAAUGGAAUCUUACAAGUGGCAUUUGGAAUUAUUGGUCUCAAUUCUUUACUUCCUAGUAGCAGCAGUAUACAUUCACAUCCACAUCAGGAGGGACAAAGUGGACGGAUUGUAUUUACAUUCACUCUCACUUUAGACACAUAAUUUUCUCUGGCCAUUGUGGUCCUCAUGACUUGUUUUGGUCAAUAGGAUGUUAGUGGAUGUGAUAAAAGCAAGAGCUUCCGUGUGAUUUUGCUGCAGGGUUUGAUUUCUUGUACUGGGGUAGUGCUAACCUAGUAGGUAAUUCCCCUUGAAUCUGGUUUCCAGAAGGAGGUACAUGGUGCAAACCUGAGCCAAAUUCAGAGCCUGGAGCCAGUCCCUGGUUCCCAGAGAAGUGAAGCAAAGCCAGCAAGUCAAAGCAGCCUAGAUGAAGAGGGUCUCUGACAACCUACUGACCAGUGAGAAUUAUAACAAAUGCUGUAGUUGUAAGCAUCUGAUAUUUUGUAGUUGGUAUACAGCAAAAGUUAACUAACAGAGUAAUUACAGUCUUAUUCUGUGAACAUGGUUAAUCUAUUUUUUUGAUGCCAAUACAAUUAAUCACAUGUGUGUUAUGAGGAGCACAAUUGUUGUAGCACAAUAACUGACUAACUUUAAUAAAUAUAUAUUUUUUAUUUUUGUGGGUACACAGUAGGUUUAUAUAUUUAUGGGGUACCUGAGAUGUUUUGAUACAGGCAUGCAAUGUGAAAUAAUCACAUCAUGAAGAAUGGGGUAUCCAUCUCCUCAAGCAGUUAUCCUUUGUGUUAUAAACAAUCCAAUUACAUUCCUUUAGAUAUC